AUGUGGAAUAACCGACUAAAUUGAGAAGGCCCUAUUUUGUAUUAACCUAGUAUGAAAUUAAGUUACACUUAAUUUAUAUUCGUAUAAUAAGUAUACAAAUGAUUUCAUCGCAGUAAAAUUUUCUCGAUUUUCUCAAGUUUUUUAGAUAAACAUUACUCUUAAAAUCAGACCGUGAGAAUAUUUUCUCCGAAGCAGACUAAUUUCUAAUAUUCUACAGUGAAGACAUGGCGAACUGGGCAGCGCUAGGCUCCGUAAUUCUUCCCAAUGUUGGUGGUUGGGCAAACGGCCUGUACUUUGCGGGCCAGAUUCGUAAAGACGAGAAGAAGGCGUGGUAUGAUGACCUGAAGAAGCCUUGGUGGAACCCGCCCAAGUGGGUGUUUGGGCCUGCAUGGACUACUCUGUACUGCGGCAUGGGCUACGCUUCUUAUCUAGUAUAUGAAGAGUGUGGUGGAUUCACUGAAGAAGCAGUGCUGCCCCUGUCUCUGUAUGGUGGUCAAUUAUUGUUGAACUGGGCGUGGACACCUAUUUUCUUCGGCAUGAAAGAUUUUAAAUUGGCGUUCAUCGAAAUCUGCGUUCUCGGAGGCGCGGCCACAGCCACUACAGUUACCUUCACACAAGUGAACAAAACAGCUGGCAUGUUAAUGUUGCCCUACUUGGCUUGGUUGGCAUACGCUAGCUCACUAAGUUACUACAUAUGGAGGAACAACCCGAAAACUCCCAAAAUCGAGGAUGCUAAGGCGCAGUGAUUAUCCAGAAAUAAAUGCAUAAUAUACACGCAAGCAGUUUAAGUGUUUAUAGGCUAAGAGUCAACAAACACUUUAUAAAUUAUAAUCAUUUUCUGUAUCGUGAACAAAUUGCUUUCGACUGACUUUUGUAUUACUUUAUGAACACGAAAAUCGUUAUUUUACUAACAGUCACCUUUUUGAUGUUUACUUUUUUUGCUAUAUCGCUUUAAUUGUCAUAAAAUUAAUAUUAUUAAUAAAAAGAUGAUUUCGCACGGAAGCAAUAAAUUUGCCUUUUUGUAUUAAAUAAAUCAGUAAGUGCGUAAAAAUAUUGAAUUCGAAGUAUUAAACAAUAUGACAUAAGUUGUAUUCAUGUGAAAAAAUAACUAUGUAAUAAUAUUUGUGUCUUAAAUAUUUAUUAGCAUAAGUUUCAAGUGUUCUUAUUCCAAUAUUGCAUUUAAAAGUAUUCAGCAUCUCUUGGUCUAAGCUUAAUUUUUUUGAGUCGUUGUUUUGUGAAAUUUUAUUUUCGAAUAUGUUUAUUGUUUAUGUUAGAUAAUAAAUACUUAACUAUUUAGAAUUA